CGGGAUUCAGUACUUCAGCGACACCCUCCAGCGGAACUCAUUGAUGAUCUUCACUCUGCACCAUGCUCGGCGUUGAGGGCUACGGUAGCGACAGCGACUCUGAAAACGAGACCAAAAAAGUCACCACGACCCCUCUGCCGAAGUCGACGCCUAUCGCACCAAAGCCAGCAGGGAAGGCGGGCUUGUCUUUACCUCCGCCAUCCAAUACGAUACCACGAGCGUCGUCUUCCAGCCUCACACUGCCACCUCCCAAGAAGAAGGCCCCAAAGAAGAUUACUAUUGGGCUACCUUCUCUCCCUAACGAACCGUCCAAUGAUGAUGACGUCGACGAGCGACCACCGCCAAAAAAGCCCAGGCUCGAAGCAGGUGUAGGCUCGUCUACGCUCUUGAGCAUGCUUCCUGCACCGAAAAAUAAGAAUCCGGUGUCGCAGCAGCCGGAACGUGUACUCGGCGCUGGGCGAGGGCCGGGCCUGGUCUUUCACACAGGCUCCAACAGAACCAAGUCUACACAAAGCGCAACUGUUGAAGAUGCGGACGAAGAUGAGAGCGAAGACGUUGCCAGGAACGUUGCUCCCGUCAGUGGUGGCUUACUCGAAGAGGCGGAGGAUAUGCCAGUUGCAAAGUCGGAGAAGGCGGGGCCCAGCAUACCAUUCUUACCGCCGCACCUCAGGAAAGGCAAGGCAAAUAUCAGCACAGAGGACAAGCCGUCGCUUCCCAAGAGCGCAGCUGCAGUCUCGUCUGCUCCGGCUGUGGAUUUCUUCUCACUAGGCUCAGCGAGCUCGUCAUCCUCACCAACACCUGUCACCCGGUCGGCCACACCGACACCAUCCGCCUCUAUACCUUUCAUUCCAACGCCCUCUCUCCCAUCCGUCUCCUCCGCCCCGAAAAUCGACGACUUUGCCCCGCCAGAGCCUACACCCCAAGACCCGUAUCCGGGUUAUUACCUCCUGCCUUCAGGCCAGUGGGCGGCGUACGACCCUGCGUAUUACAAGAAGUUCUAUGACAAGUGGAAGAAAGAAUAUGAUGCCCACGUGCGGGCUCUCGAGAAAGGCGUCGAGAAGGGCUUCGAAGGUAUUGAGACGGAGGGUGCAGCGGAGGUGAACGCAUUUGAAGAGAUGGAGAAAGCGAAGCACGAAAUUCAGGAACGCGAGGAAAAGAAGGCACUGACCAAGGGCGGUCAGCAUGUCCAGGUCGCGCCACGUAUGAACAUCAAGGGCGCGGCUCUCAGUGGCAGGGCGCGGUCGCGGCACCAGCUGAGCACGCUCUUAACGGAAGCGUAUGGCAAUCGGGAAGCCUUGGAAGAGAAGAUAGCGCAGGGGAGGAAGAACCGAAAGGAGGCAGGCAAUAAGUACGGUUUCUAA